UUGAAUUAACUUUUAAAUUUUAUUUCAUCAAGAUUUAAUUCUUUUUUUUGAAAAAAAUCUGUGAUUUUAAUUUUAUGAACGUUGUAUUUUUCUGCAAUUUCUGAAAUGGACAGAGAGAUUAAGCCACUGUUUGUGUUGUGUCCUCAAAACUAGAGACAUAGAAUCCUGUCUAACAAUGAUAAGUAUUAUUAUUAUUAUUAUUACGUUUAUAAAUCCUCUGUUAAUUUUCUUUUUCAACUGAACUUCCGUGGGGUUCUUUAUCAUGUCAAUCGGUUUUCGUUCUAAAUACCCAUUUAGUCAAAACAUAAAUUAUAGUUUAUAUCACAUGCUAAUGGGGAUUCAAUUACUUUUUUAUUACUAACUUUGGUAUUUUUACAGUUAAUAAUAUGAGUUUUUACUGGUUUUAAUUUUUCUUUUUCAUGGGGAUGGACAAUGAUCUUGAUUGCACGUGGUCCUCCAUGUUUCUUUCUCAUAUCCCUAAGAACAUCAGCACCUGCAACUUCAAUCUUUCUAUUUAUUUAUUAGAACUAAAUACAUACAUGCAUACAAAUAAAGCAUUUUAUUUAUUUACAGAUGUCCUUUUAUUUAUAGAUAUAUGUAUAAAUUAAGUAGGUGACAAAACAAGAAAAAACCUGGGUAAAAGACAGUUGAAGUUUUAUUGUUAUGGUCUCAAGGAAGCUCUCUCUUUGUUUCAUUAAUUGCAUUUGCAGUUUGUUUAUCCUUGAGUAACUGUGAUUUCUUUAUUUAUCUGUUUGUUCACUUUGUUUUACUGACAGUAUUCUUGUCUAAUAAUUAAUAAAUAAAAACUGAAGUUGUUUUAUUAAUGGGAAUCUACAGUUUAUCCUGAGAUAAUUAUUUGUGAGAUUGAGAAUUUACAGUUAUUUUAGGGAGAGAUUUUCUGAAUCUGGUAGUGAGCUUUGAAAUAAAGUCGAAUUAAAUUGUGUAUGUAUCAUGAAAAUAGAGAGGAAGAAGGAAACAGUGACGAGUGGGGUAAUGUUAUACUUGUGUUUGUUUGAGUGAACCUCAAUUGCCAGCCCAGCCGACCACGGCAGUCCCGUGAGAGGGACAAAAGGGAAAAUUAGUAUAAGGCAAAAGAAAAAAAAAAAAAAAAGGUGAAAGAAGAAAAAGAACCAACCCUUCUUAUCCUACACACCCUUCUCUCUCUCCGUCUCUCUCUUCACAGUAGUCUAGUCUCUGGUCUUCCCAGUUUCUUCUGGGGGACCCCUAACUCGGCAUUUUAUUGAUACCAGAAAAGAAAAAAUUAUAUAAAAAUAAAUAAAACAACCUUUAGUGAUGACCGUUAGUGCACUUUGUGGCUUCCCCUGGAGUUAUCUAUGAUCCUAUCUGCACCUAAUGUUGGUUUAUCAUCCUCAUCAUUACUAUUGCCCAACUUCUGUGUCAUGGUCUGAUCUGCUUGGACUUGGGGUUUUCUUGAUGAAAAUUCAGAACCCAUUUGCAUUUAUUUGUUGUGAUUCUCAAGUUCAUCAUCUCUCAGAUCUGGGUCUUUGGAAAGAUAUUUAUUGCUGGGAAAAGUAUCUUCUUUUUGAGCAGCUGGUUUGAUUCCCUUCAAUGUUAGAUAAAUGAAAGCCUAAGCUGUCAAAUGUGGUUCAGUUAUGUCGAAAAAUCCAUCAAUGUGGUCUAAUUUGGACAUUGUUUGAUGGAUGUAUGUGAAUCAGAGAAGCACACAGCUGUGGAUACCCCAAGACUUCCCUUGGUUCCAGCUCAAAGGAACAGUAAUGCACGGUCCACGACCCGCCGCCCUCAGACGAGGGAAAUUGGUUCUAGAUAUAAAUCACCAACACCAUCUGCUCCUAGGCGUUGUCCAUCACCAAACCAAUCAAGAACAGUGCCUACUACCUCCCAAGUGGUUCCCAAGAGAGCCAAAUCAGCUGAGAGGAGGCGUCCUUCAACUCCACCUUCACCCCCAAGCCCCUCUACACCCGUUUGGGAUUCAUCUGUUGAUAUACAGUUGCAAUCUAGAAGGCUAAGUUCUGGCAGCCGUUUACCAGAGAGUUUAUGGCCUUCUACAAUGAGAAGUCUUAGUGUUUCAUUUCAGUCGGAUGCCAUUUCAAUUCCAGUCAGCAAGAAGGAAAAACCAGUUAGUAGCAUCUCUUCUGAUCGCACCUUGCGACCAUCUUCAAAUGUGGCUCAUAAGCAGACCGAAACACCUGCUGGUUCAAGAAAGCCCACACCAGAGAGAAAGAGGAGUCCUCUUAAAGGGAAGAAUGUGCAGGAUCAAUCAGAGAAUGCUAAACCUGUGGAUGGUUUGCGUACUAGAUUGAUUGAUCAGCAUAGAUGGCCUAGUAGGACAGGUGGGAAGGUAUCUUCCACUUCAUUAAAUAAAAGUGUGGAUCACACUGAUAAAACUGUGAAAGCUACAUCAACACCAAUUGGAAUUGGUUUGUCUUCGCUCAGGAGAUUGUCUGUUCCUGGUGGUAGCAUUAAACCUUUACAGAAAUCGGCUAGUGAUGCUGCUAGACUAUCAUAUAUAGAAGAUAUAGGCAGGAGAAGGUCUGAAGCAAGUCCUGCAGAUGAUAGUUUACUGCUGGUAUCUGGAUCUCAGAAGUUUGUUGCAACAAGUUUAUCAGACAGAAGGUCUUUAAUAAUUCCUGCAGUUAGAACUCAGUCCUUGCCUAGCCCUGGAUUGCGCCCUCCAUCACCAAGUAGGACCUCCGUUAGAGGUGUCAGUCCAUCUCAUGCAAGACCAUCCACUCCUCCUUCUAGAGGGGUCAGCCCUUCUCGGACAAGGCCGUCAACUGUCUCAAGCCAAUCGAGUAGUUCUACUUCGGUUCUUAGUUUUAUAGUGGAUUUUAAGAAAGGGAAAAAGGGUGGAAACUAUAUUGAAGACGCUCAUCAGAUACGGCUAUUAUACAAUAGAUAUUUGCAGUGGCGAUUUGCUAAUGCCAGGGCAGAGGCUGUUCUUUACAUUCAGAAAAAAACUGCAGAGAAAAAUCUGUACAAUGUCUGGAACAGUACUUUAGCUUUGUGGGAUUCAGUAAUCAGGAAGAGGAUCAGUCUUGAACGGCUGAAACUAGAGCUUAAACUGAGUGCUCUUUUAAAUCAUCAAAUGGCCUACCUAGAUGAAUGGGCUUUUCUCGAAAGGGAUCAUGUAAGCUCUUUAUCCGGGGCUGUGGAAGAUUUGGAGGCAACCACUCUUCGUAUUCCUGUGACUGGAGGGGCAAAGGCAGAUAUAGACUCUUUGAAGGUUGCCACUUGCUCAGCUGUUGAUGUCAUGCAGGCAAUAGGGUCAUCCAUAUGUUCUUUACUCUCAAAGGUGGAGGGGGUGAAUGUGUUGGUUUCUGAGCUUGCUAUUGUAGCAGCAGAAGAGAAAGCUAUGCUUGAUGAGUGUGAAGCGCUAUUGGCUUCAACAGCAGCUUUGCAGGUUGAAGAAUUCAGCAUUUGCACCCAUCUCAUUCAAACGAAACAUGUGCUUGAGAAUCAACCCAUCUUGGCGGCGAAAGGCUCUCAAUGGCUGCCAACUUAACCUUAAAAUGAAGUUUCAGCAGAGAUAAAUCAGUCUUCAGUGAUCUCAUUAAAAUGUAAAUUGAUUUUUUUUUUUUUUACUUUUUCACUUUUUUUAUUAAAUCUUUUAACUUAUUGGGGUUAAUUCUUUUUCUUUUAUUAUUUUUUUUUCUUUCUUUUCUUUUUUAAAAAUUGAGCUGCUGGCUCCACUUUUUCCACGUGUAAUUUUUUUGUACUAUGCAUAUGAAAAGUAAAAUGGAUAAAAGAAGAAAAAGAAGAAUGCAGUAUUCAA